AAUCACGAGCCUCCAACUGGGAGGAAUCUAAACAGAGCCACUCCAACUAUAAAAGGCGGUUCCAGUGCACUCGUUUGUACGUUGUGAUGAGUCGGUUUGAGUAGAACAUACUUGGUGGACAGUGUGGUGUGGCGUACAGUGUAGUGGAGAUGUGGAAUUAAGAAUGUGGCAAACAAGGGAGGUAAAGGAGUAAAUAUAACGAUCAACAACGGCAAGAAAGGUAAAAACUAUGUUCUACAUGUGAAAUGUUUUAAAUGUCGGCCGAAUUGAUUAAAGAGUCAAAAUCUCAUAUAUGUUGCAAUUUCCCGAAGUCAGCAAAUUCUAGAAAUGUCUCUUUCGCAGAAUUGUCAUGAGGGCAAAUAUGUAUGAAGGGGAGAAGCAACAUAGCGGAAUUCGCCCAUAUUUCAAUACCAUACCAGAUGAUUGAGAGGAUAGCAUGUAUGAUCAGUUUCCGUUUGAGGAAGGUCGGUCUAUCUACGUUGGGCAUAAUUGAUUUAAAAUGGUUUACGGUAUGGUUGGAGGAGAUCGGAGAGAUUCGAAGUUUAAAAGAAAAUCUGAAUGUGUGGGCCGAAAGAGCUUUUACGAAUUUAAAUUAAUUAAUUUAAGAAAAAACUUUGGAUUUUUAAGAACGUGACUUGAAGUUGAUGGGAUUACGCCGCACCACAGUAUGGUCAAAGGAAAUCGUUGGCAGAACCUGAUAGGUAAUGGGAAAAGAAAGUAUGUUCUGGAGAAAACGCUGGAUGCGAUGGAUUUUUGUUGUGCGGAUGCAACUCAAUCAAAAAAAGUUUCUGGAAUUUCAAUCUGAGGCGACUCUCCCGAGGCCUCGAAUCAGCUGCCCGCUUUAGAAUAUCAAGAGCAACAUCAGGUGGAAUGGUGUUUUGUAAACGUCAUUUGGGUUCUUUACACGUUCGCCAGCCAGGCCUAGAGAAACGAUGAAAAUUUGCGACAUGCCAGAAGAAUUGGUUUUUUUAAUUUAUUAGAGAAUUACACCUACAAGAAGUAUUAAGUAAUUUACACUUUAAAAUUAGACUUAAGCUAGACAAUAUUACUAAUAACUGGUGAGUUGA